AAGAUCACGUUAUUUGGCAGUCGUGUCGAGUGCCUCGAGACAGGGGGACGGGUUACGCGACUCCGACGCGACGACAGCCCAUCCUCUUAUGCAUUCCCCAGCCUCGGUUCUACGGUCGGAAACCCUUCAUCCAUCCAGUUCGAUUGCCUAGACCUCUAUGGCCCUCACUGUAUUUGGCGGGCGUCCUCCGGCCUCCAUCAUCGCGCAGCUGUCGGAGUCAUGUUCCUCAAGCGAUGCUGACCGCUUCGACGGCUUCCCGAUCGCAAGAUGGCGAGGACGUUGUUUUAUCGAGGACGAGCGCCUCUGGAUGAAGGGAUCCCGGCCGCCGAGACAUGGAUUAAGGACCAUGGUGUCUUCCUUCGCGAGAUCAACCAAGGCCGCCUGCGACCUGGCCGCCUCUGGGUCUGUCGGCGCUGUGACGAGAAGUUCGCUAUCGAUACUAUCUACUCUGUCGAAGCCACGAGUUCAGCAAGUGCCCAUCUCGAAAAAAAUGCACAAGAUGGUCGCCCCGAGCAAGCAGGUCGACAGCUCAGAGUCGGAACCGCUAUUCUGUCCUUCGAAGAGGCCGCGAUACGCGCAGGUCCCACAAGUCCGGGAGAUACAAGAGCUUCUCGUUGGCCACAUCGUGAAUGCCAGCCAGCCCUUUGGUAUCGCAGGUUUUUUCUGGUUGGCUGACCGUCAUCCGUCAUCCGGCUGACGCACAGGACCCCUACAUUGGACCCCGACAAAUCGAAGGUCCCUCGAUGGCUCGGCCCUGCGACGAUUGGCUUAGGUGACGCCACAAAGUACGGGACUCGUGCCAUUUUUUGAAGGGGUGAAAUGCGCUUGUCCUUCAACUUUUUACCCUGGCGUUUGCCCUUCCCUAAACCACCACCCAAACCCAACCCCCCCCUUCUCUUUUCCCGUCGGCGUCCUGCGUCCAGCAAUCCAGCAAUCCCACUGUAGCAACCCGAUAAAAAGCUGCUUCAUCGCGGUUUGUCUUCAGUGCAGUUGAACUCCUCUACCCAUGAACUCG